AUGGCGUAUGGCGGGGUCUUGUUAUGACGGGGUCUUGUUAUGACUUUUGGACCUUCGAUCUUCAGUCGCAUUGUGAGUUUCUCAUGAUGUCAGUCAGCUAAGUGAGGUAUAUUCUCCUAUCCUGAGUUUAAAGAAGCGGAGGGAUGCUUCCCGGAGAAAUGUUUGAACUUCUUGUCAAGUUUGACGGGCAGUGUUGCAGUGUGGCGGUGGAAGCUGCAUGGACCGUCGGGCGUCUGAAAAGUGAAUUUGCUCAUUGCCACAGCGAUGAUGGAUUGAAACCAUCUGAUAUCGAAGUUAUAUUCUGUGGAAAAAAAUUAGCUGACGAAUUGAUAUUGCAGGAUUGUGAACUGCAAGAGACCAGCACUGUGUUCGCAACGAGAAAACGAUCUCCAAGAAGAUGUGAUGACGAUGCGUCGAGCAUGCCAGGGAUGGACAGGCCACCCGAGGGGAGACCGGAGGGGUACAGGUCCCUGGGUGCUGACAUGGCAGAUCUGGAGCCGCAGGUUAUUCAAGGAAUCAUGAGUGAGGAAGCUGGAAGUCACGAGCAAGAACCAUCAACACUACAUACUGGGAAAAUGAAGCCUCAGAUCUAUGUAUACUGCAAGUCCCAAUGUCACUCGAUUCAGCCAGGAAAACUCAGAGUGUGUUGCAGAACUUGCAAGGGAGGAACGUUUGUCGUCCAUCAAGAUCCAUCUUGUUGGGAGGAUGUCUUGACGCCGUUCAGUAUCUCUGGAGUCUGUCAAUCUGAUGGAUGUUCGGGAACAAUUGCUGAGUUUUACUUCAAGUGCGGCCGUCACCCUACUUCUGACGACUACAGGGCCGUGGCCCUGGACCUCAUCAAGUGUAACACGAGGAAUGUCAUCUGCUUAACUUGUGAAGAUGUUCGUGAUCGUGUGCUAGUCUUCCCCUGCCCAGCCCGUCAUACAAUCUGCUUAGAUUGCUUUGCUGAAUAUUGUCAGGUGCAACUCAAUGAGAGAAGGUUCACAGCUGAUGGAGAGCUUGGCUACACCCUGCCAUGCCCAGUAAGAUGUCCAGGGUCACUGAUCAAGGAAACUCAUCAUUUUCGGAUACUGGGCGAUGAGCAGUAUGCCAGGUAUCAGCGGUUCGGCGCCGAGGAGUGUUUGCUUCAAGGUGGCGGAGUGCUGUGCCCCGCACCGGGGUGUGGAGCUGGUCUGGUGCCGGACCCUGGAUCACGGAGAGUAGAGUGUGUCCAACAGGCUGGUCACGGGUGUGGGUUGGUCUUCUGUCGUGAGUGUCGUAACGCAUACCACCCAGGGGACUGUGACACAACGGUGGCACAACCUGUCACAGACGGGGGUGGGGAUGCCUACACCGUGAGUACUGAGCGAGCAGCUCAGGCACAGUGGGAGUUGAGUCGAAGCCGAGAGACCAUCCGACAAACCACCAAGCCAUGCCCGAAAUGCAAGGCACCCGUCGAAAAAAGUGGUGGUUGUAUGCACAUGGUGUGUACUGUACAGCAAUGCAAGUUUGAAUGGUGCUGGGUAUGCAGCAUCGAGUGGAACCAUCAGUGUAUGGCAGACCACUGGUUUGAUGUCAACGGAUGACCCCCCCUCCCCCCCCCCCUUUCAUGUUUGGAUGUGGUUAGAGGGAAGUGUGGCCUUGUGGUUAAAUAAAUGAAUAAAUUUAGUAGGCUAAUAGUCCCUACUCGCAGCAGAAGCUGAAUUGUGAAGGAUGCAGCUACAUGGUCGAGCCGAAGGCAUGUAAAGGCGCCUUAGGCUGCCGCCAUUCGACCUAUGUCUGACCACAGAGCACAGCCAGAUCAAAAAUGUUGAUUUUAAGGGUUCGUGACUCAUGAUCAGAGGGUCAGGGGUUCG